AUGUCUUACAAAAUGCAAAAAGCUAACGAGCAAAUCAACUCCAAGAAAGAAACCAAAAGUGUCAAGGCUUUUGUACCUAGACCACUUACACCUUAUAGACUGUUUGCUUUGGAGCAUCUGGAUAUCAAGGACAGAAAUGAGUUAACAGCUCUUUGGGAGAAAGCUUCAGAUACCGAAAAAGAAAAGAUCAUGACUACCUUCAAAAAGCAACAACAGGUAUAUAAGAAUAUUUUAGAUCUUACAAAAAGAAAAGCUGCUAUCUUGAAGGAUCUUGAAGACUUGGAAGAAAAGCUCUGUGAACUCCGCACAUCAUACUUAUCAAGUGUGUCUGAGACUCUAAGGCCUAGAAUCAAGCGUCGAAGGAUAACACCAUUUGGCUGUUACUGCAAGAGUCAGAUACUCUCACUCAAAGAAAAAAAGCCAGAGCUUACAUAUAGAGAAAGGGUGAAAGAGCUCAGAACAGCCUGGAAAGCGAUGGGCACUGACGAAAGGAAGCCUUAUCUCGAGAUGGCGAAAGAAGCCAGAAAAGUAAUUCGCAGUAAGCAAUAA